UCAGUACCGUGUCAGUAAAAGAAGGUUUUCCAUAUACUGUGGAGCUGCGCUAGUGCAUCAUCGCUGGGCAUUAACAGCGGCACAUUGCAUCAUCAGCAUUCCGAGGAGCUGGUCAAUGUAAGCUCAAACGGACACCGUGUAAGAUUCAACGAAUGGGAUACUACAAGGAAAGCCAAUUGCACCAUCAAAAACGAUAUUCAAAUAUGUAGAGCGGAAUACGAAAUAGAGGACUCAUUCUCCCAUCCAUUGUAUCUGGUCAACAAUCCGAACAUGAGGCACGACAUCGGAUUGCUGAAAACUAAACUGAAUGUCCUAAUAAACGACUAUGUGAUCCCUAUCUGUUUGCCAUUCAGCGAAAUCAUUAGACAACUGCCCAUUGCUCAGGAAGAGUUCGUCGUCACUGGUUGGGGACAAACUGAUCAAGGAACACCCGGCAUACAAAGACACGUGGUGCUGAUUGGACAGAAUAAAAGUAUCUGUGACGAAGCGUUCGGCUCGCAGAAAAUCGAGCUCACGGAAGACCAAUUAUGUAUCGGAGGUUCAGAGGGGCAGGAUUCAUGCCGCGGCGAUUCCGGAGGACCAUUAACGCGAGCGCAUGGUCUCGUCAACUAUCUCGUGGGAGUUGUCAGUUUUGGAGCGUAUAAAUGUGGCUCAAAAAACCAUCCUGGUGUUUAUACCAAUGUGGGGAAUUACCUGGAUUGGAUAGAAGAAACUAUAGUGACAAACUCUGCUUAGAGUGCGAAUUAACAAAUAAAUGAGUAAUAACCAUCUUA